AUGGAGAGGAAAAGACACAGUCCUACUUCUCUCACUAUGUUCACUUUGCUAGUUGGAGUGCUUUCUCAGAACCUUGUCAUCCCUGUGCUGUGUUCCACUACCCCAAUUGAGGAACAGAAGAACUACCCUCCAGGUCCACAUGAAGGAAGUCCUCCCACAGAUUUAUCAAAUUCUCUGUGUUCAUACUGCUCUCCAUCUCAUGGCUCCGGAGCUGGGGGUCAUGGAAGCUCACCACACUCUCAUCAUGGAAAACACUCUCAUCAUGGAACCCCAUCUCAUCAUGCAACUCCGUCACACGGAGGUGGUGGAAGCUAUGACCCAACCCCAUCACCACCCUCAGGUGGUGGAUAUUACAAUCCAACCCCAUCAACUCCCCCAGGCGGUGGAAGCUAUGAUCCAACCCCAUCACCUCCCGAGGGUGGUGGAAGUUACAAUCCAACCCCUUCACCACCUCAGGGUAGCAACUGUGGAACUCCACCACAAGAGCCAUCUACUCCAACACCCUCAAUUCCAACUACGCCAUCAACCCCUUCAACACCAUCAAAUCCUCCCUCAGGAGGUGGUGGGUACUAUAACUCACCACCAACUUAUGGAGGUGGUAGCCCCCCAAUCACUGUGACCCCACCUUCAACCCCAAUCGACCCAGGCACCCCCACCAUCCCCUCCACACCCCCUUACCUUCCUUCCCCAACUCCCUUCACUGGUACAUGCAACUACUGGAGUACUCACCCGGGAAUCAUCUGGGGAUUGCUAGGCUGGUGGGGAACUUUAGGCCAUGUAUUUGGUGUCUCUAACGUGCCAGGUUUCGGUGCCAGUCUCAGCUUGCCACAAGCACUUUCCAACACUAGAACUGAUGGGCUUGGAGCACUCUACAGAGAAGGGACAGCUUCCUUUCUUAACUCCUUGGUGAACAACAGGUUCCCUUAUACAACCCAGCAAGUCAGAGACAAUUUUGUAGCAUCUCUUGCCUCAAAUAAGGAUGCAGCAGCACAAGCCAACCUCUUCAGGAUGGCUAAUGAAGGGCGAAUGAAGCCUAGAGCAUGA